AUGUCAUUCAAUGAAAUCCUCUCUUCAAAUGUCGAGGAGACAUCUGUUGAUGUUAUUGGUCAUGUAAUUGAAAGGGGUGAUGUAAAGGAAACUGAAAAUGAGGGCAGGAAGAGCAAAGUGAUUGAUCUCACUUUGCAAGAUUUGGAGAACAACCGUUUGCAUUGCUCUCUUUGGGGUGAACAUGCUGACAAAAUUGUGAGCUUUUUUGUUAACCACGACAACUCUUCUCCUGUUGUAUUGAUAUUGCAGUUUUGCAAGACACGCAAAUAUUUAGGUGCAAUGGGGAUUGUUAAUGCGUUUUAUGGGACUAAAUUGAUACUUAACGGCGAUUUACCUGAAGUUUCUACUUACAUCGCAGGGUAA